UGCUCAUAAUCUUAGGCCUAUUUAAGUUAUGCCCUCCAAGUCAGUCCUACCAGUACUGAGUUCCACAUCCAAGAAAAUGGUAAUCAAGUUCAAAGCAGACAAGCUUGGAACAGAGCUUUCCAGGCGUGGUCCAAGAGCCACUGAAACCAAGCCCAAACCGGAAAGGCUGGAAUCAGCUCAUGGAAAGGAAAAACAUUCUGGUGUUUCAGUUGGCAAAAAGCGGCAAAGAAAAUCAAGAGCCGAUGAUUUGGAUGGAAUCAAGAAAGUCAAGGCCAUUGAGGAUCUUCGUGAACAAACAAUCCUUAGGGGCAUUUCGUCAAGCGGGUCAAAGCCAGAAAUAAUAGAUAGGCUUUGUGCUGCUGAGUCAGAAAUGGAGUCCAAGGACCUUGCAGAUUCACAUGAAGUUAAAGAAGAAAAUGAAGGAAAAGAAACAAGCAAAGAAGAAAAGCAACCCACCAAUAAGAAGGGCAGUGCAGUCCCGGACCAGUAUCUGCCAGAUCAUAUAAAGACACAUUACCAUGUUUUGGAACAAGGGGAAAAUAUUUACGAUGCCACGUUGAACCAGACAAAUGUUGGGGAUAAUAAUAACAAGUUCUACGUGAUUCAAGCUCUUGAAUCCAAUGAUGGAGGUCAAUUCAUGGUGUAUACUAGAUGGGGCAGAGUGGGAAUAAAAGGUCAAGACAAGUUGCAAGGCCCUUAUACAUCAAGCGAAAGUGCAGUACAGGAGUUUGAAGCAAAAUUCUUUUCAAAGACUAAGAAUCACUGGUCCAACAGGAAAGAAUUCAUUUGCCAUCCGAAGUGCUAUGUUUUACUGGAAAUGGACUAUAAGGCUGAGCAAGAAUCAGAUGAAAAGCCUACUAUUGUAAAGUCAUCCCAGCAAACAAGAGGAUUGAUAUUGAAAAAAGAGAAAGAUGAGAAGAUGAAGAUGAAAGAAUGUUGCCACUUGCUUGAACAAAUAAUUUGUUUGAUAAAGCAUAUAUACAUUAUACAUUGUUUUUUUUUUAAUUUUUUUUUUUUGAAUCAUGAUGCUCAUUGCAGGGAAUUUUAUACAAUAAUACCCCAUGACUUUGGUUUUAGAAAAAUGCGUGACUUUGUUAUUGAUACCCAUUACAAAUUGAAAUGCAAGCUGGAGAUGGUUGAAGCUUUGGGUGAAAUUGAAUUAGCUGCUUCAUUAUUCAAGGAUGACAUCUAUUCGCAGGAAGACCCACUUUAUUCCCAUUAUCAGUGCCUUCGUUGUGAAUUAGUACCACUGGAAGUCGGUUCGACAGAAUUCUCAAUGAUUGAAAAGUAUAUACAUAAUACUGCGGAUGAAACUCAUUAUAGAAUUGAUAUCGUUAACACAUUUAAGGCUUCCAGGGAAGGUGAGAAUGAACGGUUCGAGAAGUUCUCUCGUACCAAAAAUAGAAUGCUCUUAUGGCAUGGGUCUCGGCUGACAAACUGGACUGGAAUUUUAUCACAAGGUUUACGCAUUGCUCCUCCAGAAGCACCUUCAAGAGGUUACUGUUUUGGCAAGGGGAUAUAUUUUGCUGAUAUGUUUGCCAAAAGUGUGCCUUAUUGUGGUGCGGAUUGGGUAAAUUCCGAUGCUGUGCUGAUUUUAUGUGAGGUUGCACUGGGGAACAUAAACGAGAUUCAAAAUUUUGAACACAUUGCUGACCAGUUGCCGAAGGGAAAGCUAAGUGCAAAAGCAAUUGGCAGAACUGAACCAGACCCCUCAGAGUUUGAGGUUUUUGAAGAUGGUAUAAUUGUUCCACAAGGAAAGCCCAUAGAGCAAACAAGGCUCAAGGCCGUAUGUGGUAUGAAUGAGUACAUAAUAUUCAACAUAGAUCAGAUUCGAAUACGUUACGUCGUUCAUGUGAAGCUAUGCUACAAUGGGGUGAAAUGAAAUGCUGAAUGCCUCAAGAUAGAUCCUUAGCUGUUGAGGAUCACUUCAUCCUCUGUACUCAAAUAAUUGCCGAGAAAUAUUUAGAAAGCUAUAAAGGCAAACGGUUAUUGUAUAAUAUAUAGUUCUUCUUCCUAAA